AUGGCGCGGCGAGAGAGAGCCGUGGCAGCCGUGGCAGGCUGGGCGCUUCAUUUCCAAGAGUGCGCAACUGUGUGCAGCUUCAGCACAGUCAGCGGCCUCCGAGCAAAGCUUGUCUCGGCUGCUUGUGGGCCUUAUUUCGCUAUCAGCCGCCACUCCACGCGCGGCGGGCGAUCCAGAGACGCCAUCCCAACGCCGAGAAAGGGCCAAAAAUUUUGCCUUUUUUCCUGUUCUCCUCAUCUCCUCCUCGUGCUGUCUAUCCACCCACGCCCACUUGUACUGACUCUCCCCCCCCGGCUUCGUUUCACCUCGCUAGCCUUCUAUCCAACACCCGGCCAGCCUUGA